AUGGCGCUUACAACAAAAAGUGACCAUGAAAGUUUAAAACAAUCAAGUGAUCAAGUUUUACAGGGCAAGCAUCAGAUCACGUUCAAGCCGUACGUGGCGCCGUGCUACAAGGACCACGACGCCAAGAACAUGGGGCUGAAGCGGCCGAUGUCCCCCCACUUGACCAUAUACGCGCCGACUAUGCCCGCGAUGACGUCCAUCUUGCAACGAAUCACUGGUAUAAUAGCAACAUUUUACGCGUGUAUGCUCUCAGCGGGAACAUUGUUCCUUUCAAACGGGGUGGAGUCCUACGUGUCCAUGAUUCAAAGCCUGGACCUCUCCAGGCCGAUGAUCCUGCUCAUCAAGGUCCUCGCGGGCGCACCCUUCGCCUACCACUACUUCUUCGGCAUAAGGUUCUGCAUUUGGAACUCGGGGAGGUGGCUCACAUUAAAAGAUGUAAAUUCAUCCGUAAAACCUUUGUUUAUAGCAACCGCUGUCUCAAUGUUCUUUUUCGCGAUACUUUAGAUAAGUGAGUUCAGGACCUGCCUUUGAUUGGCUCUUUAGUCAACUCAUCCCGCUUAAAACUCGUCCUGCGGGACGAGUGGAUUAGAUCAUUUAAUUAUUUUUUCUUAGUCAACUGAUCUCACUAUAAAAAAAUGAAAAUUUAAGUACACACGUGAGCAAAAGUAUUUAGAGAAAAAAAUGACACACCGUGGUUUUGUUAUACUGGUAAUUUAAAAAAAUCACUUAAAUCUACUGCUAAACACUUUUGUUCGUGACUAUACAAAUCAUAAAAUGCAUCAGUGGGAUCAGAUGCCCGAUCCAAAACAUUCAUUAGGUCAACUCAUCCCGCGGGAUGAGUUCAAGCGGCCUCAGUUGACUAAAGAUCCUUAGAUUUCAUGUGCCAUUCUGAGUCUGUAUUUUAUUUUACUUAAGAAUCGUUCCUUAAUUGAUAUUAGAUAGUGAUAAUGAAAAUCGACGCCGAGGCCGAGGAAAUGUAGCGAGCUUAGCUAUUUUCUUAGCCUGUAGUCGUUGCAUUUUAUUUUCGU